AUGGCGCGUCCAGCAGGUGGAGGAGGAGGAGGAGGAGGAGGAGGAGGAGGAGGAGGAGGAGGAGGAGGAGGUGGAUGGGUAGAGGGAGGGUGUAGGAAGUUGCCAACAUCUUUGUAUGUCUUGUUGUAUGACAUCUGUUACAGCAGAGUGAGCAAUGAAUUGCUAACACCUUUGCAUGACAUCAUUUAUGGCAGUGUGCAACAAGAUGCCAACAUCUCCAGUAUGCAACAUGUUGCCAGCAUCUCUCUUACAACAUUUUGUACGGCAGAGUGUACGCGCCCUUACUUGUAUCUUAACAGACGCGAAUCGGGCGAGAGUGCGCUUUUGAUUAAAUAUUUGUCGGCAAACACGUUGGUGACCAGCGGAGAGAUUAGAACCAGGAUGGAAGAACAGGGUAUUCAUCAUUUACAUUAUGAUGAUGAAGAAGAAGAAGAAGUAGUGGUCCCUCCUCCUCCUCCUCCUCCUCCUCUACGGUCGUUUUUGCGUCCUCGUUGGUCGUGA